AUCUAAUUAAACUCGUACCACGCAAUCCCUCCGAUACCCCCCAUCCCCCUCCUUAAAUCCCAUCUACCAACUCUCUCGCUCUCUUAUCCCCGUGGAAGCACGCGCCCACCCGCCUGUUAUCUGCCUCUCUCUGUCCGCUGGUUGUUGUCUCACGAGGCUUGAGUGUGACGGUGUCACGUUAACAUGGUUUGCAGGGCUCAGCCGCAGUAGCAGCAUAAGAAGAGAAAGAAGUAGAGACAGUAGCUGUGUGUUCCAAGCAGCCAGUCCGGACUCUCUCCCAUCUCACAUCUAUCGACCGGAGGACGCAGCCAGACAACCGAACCUCCCCCCCAUCUCUUCCCGUCUCUCUCGCUCCCACGUCCCCAUCGCGACGCUCGGUGAUCAGGAGCUUGCGGAGCUCUCUCUUAGAUAAAGGGUUGUAACCAGGGGCCUGGUAGGUGUUGUUGCCACUGAGACCGAGUGUGUGUCGCCACGGUGUUGCGUCGUUGCCAUGGGGAAACAGAACAGCAAGCUACGGCCAGAGAUGCUUCAGGACCUGAGAGAGAACACGGAGUUCUCUGACCACGAACUACAGGAGUGGUACAAGGGAUUCCUAAAGGACUGUCCCAGCGGCAACCUGAACGUAGAGGAGUUCAAGAAGAUCUACGCCAACUUCUUCCCGUACGGAGAUGCCUCCAAGUUCGCCGAGCACGUCUUCCGAACGUUCGACACCAACAGCGACGGCACCAUCGACUUCCGGGAGUUCAUCAUCGCGCUGAGUGUCACGUCACGAGGAAAGCUGGAGCAGAAACUGAAGUGGGCCUUCAGCAUGUAUGACCUGGAUGGAAAUGGGUACAUCAGCCGUGAUGAGAUGCUGGAGAUCGUACAGGCCAUUUAUAAAAUGGUGUCGUCUGUGAUGAAGAUGCCGGAGGAUGAGUCCACGCCGGAGAAGAGAACAGACAAGAUCUUCAGACAGAUGGACCUCAACAACGAUGGUAAACUGUCCCUGGAGGAGUUCAUUAAAGGUGCCAAAAGUGAUCCCUCCAUCGUGCGGCUACUCCAGUGUGACCCCAGCUCCGCCUCCCAGUUCUAAUCCCACCCACCUGGCCUGCCACAUCCACCCCGGUUGCUAUGGAAACGCUCAAAUCAGUGCAUGAUGGUUCUCGUCUCUCAUAUCUUUUUGUUGUACAAGUUGGAAGAAGAGUUUUAAAAUGAGAUGAAACUAAAAUCAUUCUAAGUUUGUUUUUUUAAGAAUAUAAAUAAAAGAAGGGACAUGCAUAGAUUAUUAUUAAGAAGAUAAUACGACAACUGAGAAUACAAAAAAACAAGGCAUUGCCAAGGCAUUUCGUUGUCCGAUGUGUUUUUCCGUCUCUCUCCGGAUCCGGAAGGAUGGAAUUCUGCUGCCUCACAACGCCCAGGAAGUCCGUCGGCCAUUUUUUACAGAGUCGGGAAUUUUGGGGGAGAGAAUUAAGGGAACAUUCCAUCCUGAGAACCAUCCAUGGCCCUCUGUGUUCUAAUUAUUCUGUUCAAUAGAUUCUGUUUCUCCUCCAAUCAAGGCACAGCUUCUACAAUUCUCUUACAUGUUUAUGUGUAAAAAGAAUGCAUAUAUAUAUAUAUAUAUAUAUAUAUAUAUAUGACAUCAUACAAAAUUAAUAGCCAAGUAUAUCUGUCUUUUAUAACUCAUUGCAUUCAGAAGGCAGUAUUAUGUAACUGUGUUUGCUCAAUAUGAGACAGGGAAAGGAAAGGAGUUGGGAAUUUUCCUGCUAACUGAUCUUUCACUGGGGAAAAAGCUGUUGAAAAUACCAUUGGGUUUUUAUUAUUGAUUGUUAUUUUAUGACAUAGUAAUGUUUUUCCUCCUCAUGUUGUUUACUUAUAUUGAUUCAUUUUAAUCAUUGUGGUUGUAUUUUUUGAUUUUGCCAUUGAAGACGAUCGUAACCCAAUACUGGAGAAGAAUCGAAAGAAAGAAUGAUAGAUAGAUACUUGGAUUAUGACUGGUCUUUGGAGACCGUCUGUCUCAUAUCUGUCCACGGUGGAAAGGGAAAACGAAGAACAUUUGAUGACAUAAUGCAUUUGAUCAACGAAACCAGUAGCAGCAAAUCAUAUCAUUUGAGCCGCCACGAGUGUAUGUAUGUAUGCAUGCAUGCAUGUGUGUGUGUGUGUGUGUGUGUGUGUGUGUGCAUGUGUGUACAGUAUGCAUGUGUACAGUUUGUAUGUCCAGGCUAACUUAACAGUCUAAUCAAUAAUGUUGUUUAUUGACAUGUAAUAUAAAGUAUAUAAAAGUUAUUUAUUUGAACACUUUAUUACAUCACUGAGCAGUAAAGUCGUCACAUUGUCAACAAACACUGCAUGGUACACACAAAAACAACAACAACACAGGAAAUAAGAUUAGUAGCUUUUCUCUCUUCAGCAGUACUCUUACUGUAGUCUACCGGACCACUCUUACUGUAGUCUACCAGACCACUCUUACUGUAGCCUACCAGACCACUCUUACUGUAGCCUACCAGACCACUCUUACUGUAGCCUACCGGACCACUCUUACUGUAGUCUACCAGACCACUCUUACUGUAG